GUAUAGUCUAGAAUGCAUUGUUCUUUUUCUUCUUGCAAUUCAGCUCGUUUUCAUUCAACUAGUAUCAACAACUAUUGAUAUGGUGGAAUUCGUGAAUUCAUUUCCGAUAACUUAGGCUAUGCAGGAGAGAAAUAUCAGCUCCACAUCGGGCCAAUCAUACAUACUAUUUCAGCUGAAACCCAUGUCGUUAUUCGCCUGCCGAGUCCCGGGUCUCACAUACUGUCCAAUUCUUUUUUGAAAAAAGCAGCAUCCUCUGUAUCCGACCAUUAGACUACCAUCUAUUGGAAGAUGUUGACCGAAUUCGGGAUGCCGACGGUGAUGAUCAAGAAUCGAAAUCCUUUCUUGUUCUGACAUAUAGUCAAGAAUGCGUCCCCCUUUGAAUCUACUCUUCAUCGAGUAUGAACAUUCUUCCAAAUAACAUUCAAAGCACGAAGAGCAAAUAUGUCAACCGGACUCCUUCCAGCGCCCCCUGGUAUAACACCAAAUUUCAGUACAUCUGCUCUGUCAAGUACCCAGGUAGCUUACAUUAUUGCAUAUACCAUUACGCUUGGCCUGGCUAGUAGUACUCUUGGUAUCCGAUUGUACACUAGGAUUAGUAUCAUGAACUCUUUUGGUUUGGAUGACAUUGCAAUUAUUCUUUCAUAUGCAUGUUCAAUUGCAUAUUUUGCUAUCACUAUCGAUUGUAUGAGAUAUGGAUUUGGUCGACAUCUAUGGGAAGUUACUGGCGAACAGAUGGCGCACUAUCUCACAAAACUCAGCCCUAUGGUAGCUACCUACGCUUGGGCCCCCGCAUUCACCAAAUUAUCUAUUCUCAUCCUCCUUUAUCGACUCAAUCCAAGCAAGUAUUUCCGUAUAGGUUGUUGUCUCGUCGCCGGGAUAAUCAUAACCUACACUCUCGCCAUAUCUCUAAUAAUAGCUAUACCAUGCGUUCCCACGAACCCCGAGAAUGGUGAAUGCCUCAACCAAUGUGGGCUCUGGCAAGCAAUCUUCAACAUUCUCACAGAUGCAGCCAUUCUUUUACUUCCAUCACAUAUGCUGUAUCUUUUGAAGUUGCCGCUGAGGCAGAAAUUGGCGGUUGCAUCGAUUUUCUCGACGGGUAUUUUGUGUGUUCAAUCCCUCUCCUUACUCCUCAAAAACUUGUGAUAAUAAUAUGUAUAGUCCGCAUAACAUACAUCAUGGCGCUUCAGGAUAAUCCAGAUGUGCUAUACACUCAAGAUCCGUAGAAAUAAACAUUGGCAUUUUCUGCAACACCCUUGUGGUUCUCCGUCCUUUCAUCCGUCAAUACUUUCCCGGUCUUUUCUCAUCCCAUCUCAUCUCAGACGACGCUCGUCAAACGCCCGACCCUGAAGCAAAUCUCGAAUCUAGAAAGCGAAGAAUUGGCAAAUUGAGGAAGAAGAAUUCGUUAACUCUUACAACGAUGGAUCAUCAGAUGAAUACAAUGGAUAAACAAUCGGGGAUAAUGAGAGAGUAUGAAGUAAGUGUUGAGAGAAGUGGAGGCGAGGGAGCUAGCAGCGUGAAUGUCGGGAGAGAGAAGGAGAGAGAAGAUGAAACGGAGAGUAUGGAGGGAAUGAUUAGGCGUGUGAAUGUGGAUGGAAGUGAUAGGUUGUAAUGGGCGGAUGAAAAGGAUAAUGAUUUGAUCGAUCGCUGGUAGAAAUGGAAGGAAAGAGAGGAAAAGAAUGAGUCCGCUCACAGACAGAGAUAAAAGAGUGUCGCAAAUACUUGUGUGCAAAAACAGCAGAUUGUCUGCAAGACUCUCAUUCGGAACAUGGGCUUCAACAAGAUACGAAACAAGGAACCCUGAUAAGAUUCUCGAAAAUUCAACGAGGACGAUGGGGCAUUGCGACUUUUCAGAAAAACAGCAUGAAAAGAUACAAUUGAAUAGGAUGGGUUAAAAAUAGGCAAAACACAAAGCAUAAAGUGCUUGAUGGGGUAAUACCGCGAGUUACGUAUUCUGGAUUGAAUAUUUCGCACGAGUACUUAAUUAUUCGGAAAUGGAUGGAUAUGUAAUAAUUUUGGGGGAUAUUUGAAAGAAUAAACAUAUUUUUAGGGCAGAGAAAAAGAGAUUCAAUUUCGAAAUUCGAGUAGUAUGAUGGGUUUCGUGAGACCGGUGUAGUGGCUGUUCCCUUUUUAUAAGUAUGCA